AUGAAAAGGAAUGACGUCAUCAACUUCAAGGCUUUGGAGAAAGAGCUGCAGGCUGCACUCAUUGCUGAUGAGAAGUACAAACGGGAGAAUGCUGCCAAGUUACGGGCAGUGGAACAGAAGGUAGCUUCCUAUGAGGAAUUCAGGGGUAUCGUCCUUGCAUCACAUUUGAAGCCGCUGGAACAGAAGGACAAGAUGGGAGGAAAGAGGCCUGUGCCCUGGAACUGUCACACUAGUCAGGGAAGGCCCUCCCAGGAUGAAACCAAUGAACUCUCCCUGGAGAAAACGCUCUUCCAGCCUGAGACCUCAGCUGAGUUCUACCGUGACUGGCGGCGACACUUGCGUAGCGGGCCAGAGCGCUAUGAGGCCCUGCUGCAGCUCGGGGGCCCGAAGCUGGGCCGCCUCUUCCAGAUGGACGUGGGGUUUGGACUUCUAGGGGAGAUGCUGGUGGCGCUGGCUGAUCACGUGAGGCCUGCUGACCGCUGGGCGGUGCUGGGGAUCCUGCACAGCCUGGCCAGCACUGGGCGCUUCACCCUGAACCUGAGCCUGAUGAGCCAUACAGAGAGAGACAGCUGCAGAGCCUUGUUUCAGAAGUUGCAGGCCAUGGGCACCCCCAGCUCGGAGGGGCAGGGUCUGGGGGAGCAGCCGGGUGGGCUUCAGGAGGAGGAGGGUCUGCUGCAAGAGCUGCUGAUGCUAUACCACGUGGACUGAUGGGACCAUUUACCUUCAGAAGCCCCCAGUGGUCAUCAGAGGCAUUUUUUGAUGGGCUUGGGGGCUCUGCAGGACUCUAAUCAGAAACCCACACCGGAUUCCCUUUUGGAUUUAAAAUUUUCACAACCAAAGCAGGAACUGAAUUUUCACUUUUCCUCCAGCCCCUUGGGGGCUUCAUAUUCUGAACUUUGUAGAUCUACAGGAUGGUCAAGGGCCAAGCUGAAAGACUUUUGCUUCCCACCCUUAGAGCCUGCCAGUCUGCUAGCCCAUGGCCCUGAGAUAUGGGUGAGCACCCAACCAAACACUGGUACCACCCAUUGCAGCCUCCACUCAAAACAAGGAAAAACCAAAAUUGUUAAUCCUCCAUGGUUAACAAAUACUGAUCUCCAUAGUUCUUUUUUUUAAUUGAUUUUUAUUGGAGUAUAGUUGCCUUACAAUGUUGUUAGUUUCUUCUGUAUAGCAAAGUGAAUCACAUAUAUAUAUAUAUGUAUGUGUAUAUAUCUAUCUAUCU